UUCUUAUCAUUCACAACAUCAACUGCGUCUCCUCCUCCACUGCACUAGCAAUUAGGCAUGGAAGCUAACCAACGCAUUGCAAGAAUUUCUGCUCAUCUCCAUCCUUCCAAUCCACAGGUGGAACGAGAGCAUGCCAUUUUGAGACAGGACGGUUGCAGGGCGAAGGGGGGCGCCCCGGGCUUCAAAGUGGCCAUAUUGGGAGCUGCCGGAGGAAUCGGUCAGCCUCUGGCAAUGUUAAUGAAAAUGAAUCCGUUAGUCUCAGUUCUUCAUCUUUAUGAUGUUGUUAAUAGCCCUGGUGUUACUGCUGAUAUCAGUCACAUGGACACCGGUGCAGUUGUGAGAGGGUUUCUGGGGCAACAGCAACUUGAGAGUGCACUGACAGGAAUGGACCUUGUUGUCAUUCCUGCCGGUGUUCCAAGGAAGCCCGGAAUGACAAGAGAUGAUCUUUUCAAUAUCAACGCUGGGAUUGUCAAGACACUGUGUGAGGGAAUUGCAAAGAGUUGUCCUAAUGCGAUUGUUAACUUGAUCAGUAAUCCAGUGAACUCUACAGUCCCAAUUGCUGCUGAAGUUUUCAAGAAAGCGGGCACUUAUGACCCGAAAAAGCUCUUGGGAGUCACCAUGCUUGAUGUUGUGAGAGCCAAUACAUUUGUGGCUGAAGUUUUGGGACUAGAUCCCCGAGAAGUUAACGUUCCUGUGGUUGGUGGUCAUGCAGGAGUGACAAUUUUGCCUCUUCUCUCACAGGUCAAACCUCCUUGUUCCUUCACAUCGGAGGAAACUGAGUACCUGACCAAACGUAUUCAAGACGGUGGAACAGAAGUUGUUCAGGCAAAAGCGGGCACCGGCUCUGCAACACUAUCAAUGGCAUAUGCAGCAGUAAAAUUUGCAGAUGCAUGUCUUCGUGGCUUAAGAGGAGAUGCUGGCAUUGUUGAAUGUGCUUUUGUAGCCUCUCAGGUUACAGAACUCCCGUUCUUUGCCUCUAAGGUGAAACUUGGACGUGGAGGAGCUGAAGAGGUGCACCAACUAGGGCCUUUGAAUGAGUAUGAGAGGGUCGGAUUGGAGAAAGCAAAGAAAGAGUUAGAAGCAAGCAUUCAGAAGGGUAUUUCCUUCAUCAGGAAAUAGAAAUAUGGGAAAGCUUCACCAUUAAGUAUGUCCCGUAUGGCUGUUGCUCUUUUGUUUUCUCUGAUAAAUGUCAUGAGAUGUUGCUGCUACAUGCAGAACAGGUGAAACUGGUUAUUUUGGUGUGUAUCACUAGUAAAUUCAUACAGGUGCGAUAGAGUGAUCCUUGGCAUA